CACAUACACACACUCUUUCUCUCUCUCUCCAAAUUAAAUCUAAAGAUCUGGCCAUCGUCAUGGUUCUAUCCAAAACCGCCUCCCAAACGGAUGUUUCCGUACACUCAACCUUCGCCUCCCGCUAUGUCCGCACCUCUCUUCCCAGAUUCAAAAUGGCGGAGGAGUCGAUUCCAAAGGAAGCUGCGUACCAGAUCAUAAACGACGAGUUAAUGCUGGAUGGAAACCCAAGGCUGAACCUGGCUUCUUUUGUGACGACGUGGAUGGAGCCUGAAUGUGACAAGCUCAUCAUGGCUUCCAUCAACAAGAACUACGUCGACAUGGACGAGUACCCUGUCACCACUGAGCUCCAGAAUCGGUGUGUUAACAUGAUAGCUCAUCUUUUCAAUGCACCACUUGAAGAGGCAGAACCUGCAGUUGGUGUUGGCACGGUUGGCUCAUCAGAGGCCAUAAUGUUGGCCGGAUUGGCAUUCAAAAGGAAGUGGCAGAACAGAAGGAAAAGUGAAGGGAAGCCUUAUGACAAUCCAAACAUUGUUACUGGUGCUAAUGUUCAGGUUUGCUGGGAGAAAUUUGCACGGUACUUUGAGGUGGAGUUGAAGGAGGUCAAGCUGCGUGAUGGAUACUAUGUAAUGGACCCUGAAAAAGCUGUGGAAAUGGUGGAUGAAAACACCAUUUGUGUUGCUGCUAUCCUUGGUUCCACACUAAAUGGAGAGUUCGAAGAUGUCAAGCGCUUGAACGAUCUCCUAGUCGAAAAGAAUAACGAAACUGGAUGGGACACUCCAAUUCAUGUGGAUGCAGCCAGUGGUGGAUUCAUUGCACCAUUUCUUUAUCCAGAGCUUGAGUGGGACUUCCGGUUACCACUAGUGAAGAGCAUCAACGUUAGUGGACACAAAUAUGGUCUAGUCUAUGCAGGAAUUGGUUGGGUCAUCUGGAGAAGCAAGGAAGACCUUCCUGACGAACUCAUCUUCCACAUUAACUAUCUCGGAGCAGAUCAACCCACCUUCACCCUCAACUUCUCCAAAGGCUCCAGCCAAGUUAUUGCUCAGUACUACCAAUUAAUUCGUUUGGGUUAUGAGGGAUAUAAAAAUGUGAUGGAAAACUGCACAGACAACAUGAUGGUACUUAAGGAGGGACUGGAGAAAACAGGUAGGUUUGAGAUUGUAUCGAAGGACGAUGGUGUACCAUUGGUGGCCUUCACAUUGAAGGAUCACAGCCACUUCGAUGAAUUCCAAAUCUCUGAUAUGCUGAGGCGUUAUGGUUGGAUAGUGCCAGCAUACACCAUGCCACCAGAUGCACAACAUGUCACCGUUCUACGUGUUGUCAUUAGAGAAGACUUUUCACGUACCCUUGCGGAGCGUCUUGUUAUUGAUGUCUCCAAAGUGUUGCACGACCUCGAUUUGCUUCCUGCUAAGGUACUCAGUAGCAACUCCGUAACAGUUACUGGAGGGGAAGCUCAAAACAAUGGGGAAAAAGUCAUGAUUGUUAAGAAGAGUGAUCUUGAGACCCAAAGGGAAAUCACUUCAAUUUGGAAGAAAUUUGUCAUGGACAGGAAGAAGAUGAACGGUGUUUGUUAGAGCCUUGUUUUAUAUAUAAACAUACAAGGGUGAGUUUAUAUAUGUAUUUUUGAUAUAUCAUUUUGACAUUAUAGUUGAGUGAGUCAAGCCACUUCUAUCCAAUUUUUCACUGACGAGGGUUUUGUCAAGUGGAAAAAUUUGUUUAAAUUUUCUCAUUCUCAAAUUUUUCUGAAACUUUUGUUUAAGUUAU